CUUCUUCUCUAAGGGAAACGUUUUUAAUACCAGAGCGCACUUCUACCAAAUAUCUCAGCUAACUCCAACGUACGUGAAAGAAGGAAGAAUGGCGAAAUCUCAGAUCUGGUUUGGUUUAGCCUUAGUCGCGUUGCUGGUGGUGUCAGCUGUAGCGGACGAUGUGGUUGUGUUGACGGAGGAUAGCUUUGAGAAGGAGGUUGGUAAAGAUAAAGGAGCCCUCGUCGAGUUUUACGCUCCCUGGUGUGGGCACUGCAAGAAACUAGCUCCAGAGUAUGAAAAGCUUGCUGCAAGCUUCAAGAAAGCCAAGUCUGUCUUGAUUGCUAAGGUGGAUUGUGAUGAGCAUAAGACUGUCUGCACUAAGUAUGAUGUUAGUGGAUAUCCCACUAUUAAGUGGUUUCCUAAAGGCUCUCUUGAACCCCAAAAGUACGAGGGUCCACGUAAUGCUGAAGCUUUGGCUGAAUUUGUCAACAAGGAAGGAGGUACCAACGUCAAAUUGGCUGCAGUUCCACAAUAUGUAGUUGUGUUAACACCUGAUAACUUCGAUGAGAUUGUACUGGAUCAGAACAAAGAUGUCUUGGUCGAGUUUUAUGCCCCAUGGUGCGGCCACUGCAAGUCCCUCGCUCCUGUAUAUGAAAAGGUAGCCACGGUGUUUAAGCAGGAAGAAGGUGUAGUCAUCGCCAACUUGGAUGCUGAUGCACACAAAAGCCUUGGCGAGAAGUAUGGAGUAAGUGGAUUCCCAACAUUAAAGUUCUUCCCAAAGGACAACAAAGCCGGUCAGGAUUAUGACGGUGGAAGGGACUUGGAUGACUUUGUAAGCUUCAUCAAUGAUAAAGUUGGGACCAGCAGAGACAGUAAAGGGCAGCUUACUUCAAAGGCUGGUGUAGUUGAAAGCUUAGAUGCGUUGGUAAAGGAGCUAGUUGCAGCUAGUGAAGAUGAGAAGAAGGCAGUCUUGUCUCGCAUUGAAGAGGAAGCUAGUAACCUUAAGGGCUCCACAGCAAGGUAUGGAAAGCUUUACUCGUCACUCGCAAAGAAGUACAUAGAAAAAGGGUCAGGCUAUGCUACAAAAGAAGCUGAGCGGCUUGGACGCGUCCUCAGCAAGUCGAUGAGUCCGGUGAAAGCUGAUGAGUUGACUCUCAAGAGAAACAUUCUGAACACGUUCGUUGCUUCUUCUUAGAAGCCAAACGAUUGAAGAAUAGGAGUCGUCGAUAGACUUUAUAUAACUGAUUUGAACCUGCUGUUUAUGAGGUUUUAUGUCUGUCUGUCAAGAUUUGUGUUCUGGUUAAUUCUGAAACUCUUUUGAACCAAGUUUCUCGGUCUUUCGUACGAUAAUCAUAAAAAGAACUUGUUUUUGCUUUCU